UUCGGUUGUCAAUCGAGCGCCGCUACCGCGAAAAGAAAAGUUUACUAGUUCACGGAGAGUUAUAAGGGAUGCUACCCUAAAUUGCGAUUCAAUUUAGCGAUUUUUGCAAUGCCGGGACAUCGUUCGUUCUUCGUUCCUGCCGUAGCAGAGAAUUUACUUUGUAGAAUAUGCCAUCUUCCAGUACGAAAUGCAGUUCAGAUAUCAGUAUGUGGGCAUCGUUUCUGCGACUCUUGUUUGAAUAGUGCCUUGAGUGAGAUGAGAAAUGGAAGGUUGAAAUGCCCUGUCGACAGCUCAAACAUCGAUUAUAGCGAGAUUUACGCAGACGAUGUGACAAACCAAUUGAUAAUGUCUUUGACUGUAAUUUGUGACCAGUACAAAGAAGGAUGCAAAUGGAAAGGACAGCUAAAGCACCUGAAGACCCAUGUAGACGAGUGUAAAUACGUCCUCGCUGAUUGUCCGUACAUUUGUGGAGCCAAGGUACAGAAGUGCGAGAUGAGUGAGCACACCCAUAAAGACUGUCCCAAACGACGUGUUAACUGCCCAAAAUGUCGACGAGAAAUGACCUAUGAACAGCUUAAGUCUCAUAGUUGUCCUGCAAAGCGAAAUGCUGACGAGGAGAUGAUCACGUGUCCGAGUGGAUGUGGUGCGCGCAUGCGUAAACAGAACAAAUCGCAACAUUUACGCAUUUGCCCUAACCGAUGGAUAUACUGCCAACACUGUGGCACUGAAGUCGUCUAUAGAGAUAGACAGGAACAUUUAAGUCAAUGUAGAGUCUACAAUUCCCGACAGCCUGGUGGUAUUAUACGAGGUGGGGCCAAACGUUCUAGUGUAAACACCACAUCAGUGCGCUUCGAUGUACAAAACGUGCGAAACAGAUCCAGACAUCGAGCUUCCGUCAUCCAUGAAGUACCAACUCCUCCACCACCACUACGAUCCGUGUCGUUCCCAGCUUCUCUCAACCAUAUAGGACGUGAUGAACCUGGGGGGUUUGGCAGCCAGGCUUUACAUCGGGGAUCGUCACGUGAGCAGAUGAGCCGCUCCAACGAAGAACUUGACUCUGAUGUUUUUACUUGCACGUGUGGGAGGAGAAUCUUGAGAGGACAGAUUACGAGUCACAUGUCAGACCACUGUCCACGCAGACUCACUCACUGUCAACACUGUUCGAUACAAAUCAAAUAUGAAGACAUGCAGACACACCACCAGAGCUGCCCGGCUUUUCCUCUUAGUUGUCCCAAUAACUGUGGAGUGGCCCAAAUACCUCGCAGUGAGGUUGACCGCCAUCUGUCACGUAACUGUCGCUCUAACGUGGUACGUUGUCCUUUUGAACACGCAGGAUGUAAACAACAGAUUCCUCAAAGAGGACUUCAACGUCACUUAGACGACUACGUUCACAAGCAUCUAGAAUUAGUAUCUGAUCUUGCGAUUCAGCAACAAAAGGAAAUCAACUCCCUGAAAGAGAUUGUCCAGCACUGCAAGCCAUACCACGACAGCAAACUAAUCUGGAGAAUAGACAACUUCUGGGAACGAUUCGACCAAGGAAAACGCAAACCAGGAUUUGAACUACAGAGCCCUGUUUUCUACACGUCAAUCUACGGGUAUAAAUUCAAGGUAGUAUUGUUUCCCUAUGGUAACGGAAGUGGCGAAGGAACUCAUUUGUCGUUGUAUAUUCGCUUAUUACCUGGAGAAUAUGAUGCGUUAUUACGUUGGCCUUACGAAGGCGAAGUGACUCUCACCCUGAUGGAUCAGAGCGAGGACCGAAGGGCUCGACGCCAUAUUAGUCAGUCUUUUAGCCCGGAUCCCAACUGGAAGAGCUUUCAACGUCCAACUAACAAUACGCGCUCCUUGGGAUUUGGGUAUCCGCAGUUUGUAUCGCAUCGCGGGCUCGAGUCUACGGGAUACGUUAAAGACGACACUCUGUUUCUUAAAGUGAUGGUUGAUUGUAAACAUUCAGCUGAUGUAUAGAUUUCUAUAUAUACAGCAAUUUGACUGUUUGGGCUUCCUGUCUUUUACAUUGGAAAUACAGUCAGUACAGAAGGCCAUUACAAAUAUAUCAACAUGAGGGAUCCAAAAGUUGUUAAUUCGGUGUUGCAGGAUCAAAAACACUCCUCCUUUACCUAAACAAUGUUAUUAUUUAAAAGCUACACACGUAUCACGCAUUGAGCUGUGACGUGUAGAUCUCCUCGCCUCGGGCGUAAUGUUUUCCAAAUUCAGACCACAUGUCAUUCCCUAGAGUAUCAUUUCUUUGUUUAACGGUUGCACAUGAGAAGACACAUGGAUAUGAAUACAAAUCAAACAAAGAAUUUUAUUCUCGAGGGAAUGACACGUGGUAUGAAAUGGGGGAAAACAUUACGCCUGAGCUAAAGAGGUCUAUCAUACUCAAGGGAAUGAUACGUGGUCUGAAAUGGUGGAAAACAUUACGCCUGAGAUGAGGACAUAUCUUUCCGGGUCCAAUUAUUUACAAACAUCAUUUCUCAAUGUUUUAACAUUUAUUGAAAAUAAUAAAACUAUGGACAACAAUUCCUACCAUGAACAAUAUGUAAACAAACCUGGAAGAAAAAACUCUUUCUGUGUCUUAAUAUAAAUUAUACCAUUUGCA